CGUGACUCUGUGCGUAAUAGAUGACGCCAUCACGCACAGCGCAGAGCCUGUCAGCUGAUUCACGGUGCGCGAGGACGUGUUUUCGCUUCUCCAAACCCGAAGGACGAUGAACGGCGCGUCGGUUUUCGUUACGCUCGCGGUUUUAGCAGGUGUCUUUGGAGACCAGCUGACGGUGCUGCGUAGCCCCAAGUAUGUGAACUUCAGGUCAGGAAAUUGGCCACUAGCUGGAGAGAAGAUCCCAGACCUGGUGGCUCUCACCAUGGGCUUCUCCGUCCUUGAGGAUCUCGAAUGGCCAGGUUUAGCAGCAGGCUCCCUGUUCCAGCGUCCACGUUCCAAUGCCCUGAUAACCGUCCGUGGCAUUGACAGUUUAGAUCUUCCAUCCAACAUCUCCACUUAUCCACUGGAAAACACGGUGCCGUUCACCCUGGACAGUGUCGCAAACUCCAUCCACACCCUGUUUGCCGAGAGCACUCCUGUGGUUCUCCAGCUCGCGCCCAGCGAGGAGAGGUUGUACAUGAUGGGCAUGGCCAACACAGUAUUCGAGGAUUUGCCCGUCACUCUGCAGCAGAUCCGCACUCGUCUGUCACAGGACGGAUCUGUCCUGCCUUCACUCCCGCUCAACUCACUGAGCCGUAACAACGAGGCUGAUCUGCUCUUCCUGUCUGAGAUUCAAGUGUUGCAUGAUAUUUCUGCUCUGCUGAUGAGACACAAGCACUUGGCUAAGGACCAGGCUCCUGAUCUCUUCUCCCUGGAGCUUGCCGGUAUGGAGGAACUCUCCCGGCGCUACGGCACAGAUUCCCCUCAGUUCAAGGACGCUCGUGAGAUUCUGGUUGCCGCACUGCAGAAGUUUGCUGAUGAGGUCUACGGCGUUUAUGGCAGCAAUGCAGUGGUGGAGGUGGUGACGGUGAAGACGUUCGAGACGCCGCUGAGCAGGAAGACGCGCUCCAUCCUGGAGGCUAAGCAGAUGAGUAACCCAGGAAGCCCCUACAAUCUGGCCUACAAGUACAACUUCGAGUACGCUGUAGUGUUUAACAUCGUGCUGUGGCUCAUGAUCCUGUUGGCUCUCGCCGUCAUCGUCAUCUCCUACAACCUGUGGAACAUGGACCCAGGCUACGACAGCAUCAUCUACAGGAUGACCAAUCAGAAGAUCCGCAUGGAUUAACCGUGCAUUACGACGCAUUGUUACUGUUGUCUGCUGCGUGUGUGUGUGUGUGUGUGUGUGUGUGUGUGUGUGUGUGUGUGUGCAGGUUUCUCAAUUCCAUACAUUCAGAGUUUGUGUAUAUAGCUCAAAAAUGUUGCUUUGUGAAUAUGUAGCAAGGAUGAUGAAUAUUUAUUGAUGCUUGUUGUUUUGUCGGAAAAUCGAAGCGAAUAUAUAUGUAUAUAAACUGUGGGUGAACGAACGAACGGGAACCUGUGUGUUUAUCGGCGAGCGAGUGCGAAAUCGUCACGUUAGUGUUGUGAUCACGUGCGGUGCUGUGUGUCAUGAUCCUGAUUGAGCUUCAUGUUGAAUCAUCUGUAUUUAUUGUGUUUUUUGUUUUGUUUUUAUUCCUAAUGCACUGGAUCCUAAUAUCUGGUACUGAUGUGUAAGGGUGGGGCGACGUACAAGUGCAUGCAGUAAAUUUCUAUAUAUAAUUUCUGUUAUCUGAGACACACUGAGUUGUGAGUGAGGAGUAAUCUAACAUUCUACAUAGUUUCUUUCAUCCUCUUGUGUGUUCACCUGAAACUCGUUUUCUGCCGUCCAUCGUACCAUUGAACGAUAGCUGAAAAAAGUGUUUAACUGAGAAAUGUGAAAGAGGACGUCGUCUCUGUGCAGUUCGCUUAUUACUUAAUAAAGUCUUCAGUCACAGUCA